CAGCUUACCCAAAAGAACAUCUUUUUCAUCAUCUAAUCAUGGACGGCAUUGACAACUACAAGGCCAGUGGUAGUUUACGAGGAAGCUUACGUUCACGCAGUUCGUCGGCGUGGAGGAACAAUGCUAUGGACGUUUUCUCGAGGUCUUCACGAGAGGAAGACGAUGAAGAAGCUCUCAGAUGGGCUGCUCUUGAAAAGCUUCCAACUUUUGAUCGUCUAAGAAAAGGUAUUCUGACUACGUCGAAAGGUGAAGCCAGUGAAAUCGAUAUACAUGAUCUUGGAUCUGAAGAAAGGAAGAAAUUGCUCGAGAAGCUGGUCAGAGUAACCGAACAGGAUAAUUCCAAGUUUUUGUUGAAGGUCAGAGAUCGGAUUGAUAGAGUUGGAAUUGAACUUCCAGAAAUUGAAGUACGAUUUGAGCACAUAAAUGUUGAAACAGAAGUUCAUGUAGGAGGCAAAAGUUUACCAACGUUCUUUAACUUCAUUGUAAACUUCCUGGAGGGGGGUUUGAAUUAUCUUCACAUUCUUUCGAAUCAAAAGAAGCACUUAACUAUCCUUAAAGAUGUUAGUGGAAUCAUCAAGCCUCGCAGAAUGACAUUGUUAUUGGGUCCUCCAAGUUCUGGGAAGACAACACUCUUAUUGGGUUUGGCUGGAAAGCUUGACCCGGCUCUAAAGUGUUCAGGGAGGGUGACUUAUAAUGGCCACGGCAUGGAUGAAUUUGUACCCCAGAGAACUGCUGCCUAUGUUAGUCAAUAUGAUCUCCAUAUUGGGGAAAUGACUGUAAGGGAAACCUUGGCCUUCUCUGCAAGGUGCCAAGGGGUUGGAUCACGCUAUGAUAUGUUAGCAGAGUUGUCUAGAAGAGAAAAAGAGGCAAAUAUCAAGCCUGAUCCAGAUAUCGAUGUCUACAUGAAGGCCGCAACAACAGAAGGCCAAGAGGCGAACGUGGUGACAGAUUAUAUAUUAAAGGUUUUGGGUUUAGAAGUGUGUGCUGAUACCAUGGUGGGAGAUGAUAUGUUAAGGGGUAUCUCUGGGGGACAAAGAAAGCGUGUUACAACAGGGGAGAUGCUGGUUGGACCAGCAAAGGCACUGUUUAUGGAUGAAAUAUCUACUGGAUUGGACAGCUCGACAACUUUCCAAAUUGUGAAUUCGCUCAGGCAAUAUGUUCACAUUCUUGAUGGAACGGCAGUCAUCUCUCUACUGCAGCCUGCACCAGAGACUUAUGAUCUUUUUGAUGACAUUAUUCUCCUCUCUGAUGGCUACAUUGUCUACCAGGGGCCCCGUGAACAAGUUCUAGAGUUUUUUGAACGCAUGGGCUUCAAGUGUCCGGAAAGGAAAGGCGUGGCUGACUUCCUACAAGAGGUGACAUCAAGGAAAGAUCAGGAGCAGUAUUGGACACACAAAGAUGAUCCGUACAAUUUUGUCAUGGUCCAGGAAUUUGCUGAGGCAUUCCAAUCAUUCUAUGAGGGAAAGCGAAUAGGAGAUGAACUUGCAGCUCCAUAUGAUAAGAGAAAAAGCCACCCCGCUGCUUUGACAACCAAAAAGUAUGGUGUUGGUAAGAAGGAGUUGAUUAAAGCUUCCUUCUCAAGAGAAUACUUGCUGAUGAAGAGGAAUUCGUUUGUUUACAUCUUCAAGCUUAUACAGCUUGCAAUAAUGGCAAUGGUUACAAUGACAGUUUUCCUACGGACUAAGAUGCAUCAUGAAUCAGAAAUAGAUGGAACAAUUUACGCGGGUGCUUUAUUCUUUACAUCAAUUAUGAAUUUGUUUAAUGGGAUCGCAGAGAUCUCUAUGACGAUCAUAAAGCUUCCUAUUUUUUAUAAGCAAAGGGAUCACCUCUUCUAUCCAUCAUGGGUAUAUACUCUUCCUACAUGGCUCCUCAAAAUCCCGAUAGGGUUCCUUGAAGUUGGUGUUUGGGUAUUCAUGACAUAUUAUGUCAUUGGUUUGGAUCCAAACGUUGGAAGGUUGUUGAAGCAAUUUCUUCUACUAUUACUUGUAAACCAAAUGUCCUCUGCAUUAUUUCGAUUUAUUGCAGCACUGGGUAGGAAUAUGAUUGUUGCUAACACAUUCGGAUCAUUUGCACUGCUCUUGCUUUUUGCAUUGAGUGGUUUUAUCCUCUCCCAAGAUGAUAUAAAGAAAUGGUGGAUAUGGGGCUACUGGACAUCACCUUUGAUGUACGCGCUAAAUGCAAUAUUGGUUAAUGAGUUCCUUGGGAGCAAGUGGAGACAAAUUGAAAACUCAACGGAACCACUGGGAGUUAGAGUACUAAAGGCGCGCGGGCUCUUUACCGAAGCACGUUGGUAUUGGAUAGGCAUAGGGGCAACAAUUGGAUUCAUCCUCGUUUUCAACAUCGUUUUCACUCUGGCUCUUGCUUAUCUUAACCCAAUUGGGAAGGCACAAACUGUAAAGUCAGAUGAACCACAUAGCAAUGAUCAAGGGCAGAAUAAUGGAGAAGGCAUACAGUUAACACAGCACAAUAAUGGGAAAAGAGGAAUGGUUCUUCCUUUUGAACAACAUUCAAUCACCUUUGAUGGCAUAAUAUAUUCGGUUGACAUGCCACAGGAAAUGAAGAACCGGGGUGUUCUUGAUGAUAAAUUGGUGCUUCUGAAGGGUGUGAGUGGUUCUUUCAGGCCAGGUGUUCUCACAGCUCUUAUGGGUGUUAGUGGUGCUGGUAAAACAACUUUGAUGGAUGUGUUGGCCGGUAGGAAAACUGGUGGAUACAUUGAGGGGAGCAUCACAAUUUCAGGGUACCCAAAGAAGCAAGAAACAUUUGCUAGAAUUUCAGGCUACUGUGAGCAAAACGACAUUCAUUCUCCUCAUGUAACUGUGUAUGAGUCCUUGAUCUACUCAGCAUGGCUCCGCUUAUCUUCUGAAGUUGAUUCAGACACCAGAAAGAUGUUCAUUGAGGAAGUCAUGGAGCUUGUGGAGCUGAAGCCAUUGAGGCAUGCACUCGUUGGGUUGCCUGGUGUGAAUGGUCUCUCUACCGAGCAGCGCAAGAGGCUCACUAUUGGAGUUGAGCUUGUGGCAAACCCCUCCAUAAUAUUCAUGGAUGAGCCAACUUCGGGUCUAGAUGCAAGAGCUGCUGCUAUUGUUAUGAGAACAGUGAGGAACACAGUGGACACAGGAAGAACAGUUGUGUGCACCAUCCAUCAGCCAAGCAUCGACAUAUUCGAAGCUUUUGAUGAGCUUUUCCUAAUGAAGCGUGGAGGACAGGAGAUAUAUGUUGGGCCAUUGGGUCGCCACUCUUCCCAUCUUAUCAAGUAUUUCGAGAGCAUUGAAGGAAUCAGAAAAAUUAAAGAUGGCUAUAAUCCAGCAACUUGGAUGUUGGAAGUUACAACUUCUGGGGAUGAAAUGGCUUUGGGUGUUGAUUUUACUACUGUGUAUCAGAACUCAGAGCUAUACAGGAGGAACAAAGCAAUGAUUAGAGAGUUGAGCAAGCCUGCUCCUGGUUCAAAGGAACUUUAUUUCGCAACUAAAUAUUCAGAGUCAUUUUUCACUCAAUGCGUAGCUUGCCUAUGGAAACUACGAUGGUCCUAUUGGCGCAACCCACCGUACACUGCUGUAAGAUUUGUCUUCACAAUUGUCAUAGCCCUCACAUUUGGGACAAUGUUCUGGGACCUUGGCUCCAAGAUCAAGAAGCAACAAGAUUUGUUUAAUGCGAUGGGAUCCAUGUAUGCAGCUGUUCUCUUCCUGGGCUAUUCAAAUUGCACAUCAGUACAGCCUGUUGUGGCUGUUGAACGAGCUGUGUUCUAUAGGGAAAGAGCUGCUGGAAUGUAUUCAGCCUUGCCAUAUGCAUUUGCACAGGUUGCAAUUGAGCUCCCAUAUGUCUUUGCACAAGCUGCGUUCUAUGGCAUCAUAGUUUAUGCUAUGAUUGGAUUUGAAUGGACCGUUGCCAAAUUCUUUUGGUAUCUAUUUUUCAUGUACUUCACAUUGCUCUACUUCACCUUUUACGGCAUGAUGACUGUGGCUUUGACACCAAACCACCAUAUUGCCGCCAUAAUAGCCGCUGCAUUUUUUGGAUUAUGGAAUCUAUUUUCAGGAUUCAUAGUCCCAAGACCCAGGAUUCCUGUGUGGUGGAGAUGGUACAACUGGGCAUGCCCUGUUGCUUGGACCUUGUAUGGGUUGGUUGUUUCACAAUUUGGAGAUAUAAAGGACGUGCUUGAGGACACUGGUGGCACGGUGGAAGAUUUUCUGAAAGACUAUUUCGGAUUCAAACAUGAUUUUCUAGGAGUGGUGGCUAUUGUGACCGUCGCCUGGCCUGUUCUCUUUUCAUUUAUCUUUGCCUUUUCCAUCAAGGUCUUUAAUUUUCAAAGGCGAUAGAAAAUUCAUUUCAUUAUUACAAAUGAAAUGGAUAAUAUCUACUUUAUGGUCAGUUGGUAUAAAAUAGCCAUAGAAAAAAUGCCUUGUCCCUAGGCUUCUUAAUAUAUAUUUCUCUAUAGGUUUAGCCCCAAGCUUUGUUUUUGGUCAAUGGAUCUUUAUGUAUGUACUAAAAAAA